ACUCGCCUCCCGUCAGUCGCCCGCCGACUCCGCUUGCGCUUGUGUGACUCGACGCCGCUCUGUGCACCGCACUCGUGCUCCAAACACGACGCGUGCCGCCCCGCUGUGGCCGCGAACCGCGACCUCUACGCUACCGGCGAAACGUUUCUCCUAACUUUCGUGCAAUUUGCUAUGUUUUAACAACUUUUGGACAUACACACUCCCCUACCCAGCUUGUUUACCCCUCAUCAUAGUUGAGCCCCGCACCGCAACGGCUUGCUCGCUGACCGCCGAGCCGCUAAUCUUGCUUUUUCGCGCAUCACCGUCGACCGCCCAGACCCGCCCCGACCGCCGCUAUGCUCGCGCACCAAACACCGCUCGCCCUUUGCUAAACUCAACCGUCAACAUCGAUACGAACGCGUGUGAUAAUAAUUUAAUACUCGCCUAAAUAAGCUUGCAACUUCGGUGUCUUUAUUCUAACUUAAUUGUAGGAUUAAUCGUAAUAGUAACGCAUCGCAACGCAACGCAAACAGUCAAAUCGGUCGUUGUGUCACCGCGACAUUCUUUUUAAAGUACGCGUGUGAAGUUUUGUGUGGUUGUGAGGGUGUGCGGGUGCCGACUAGUGGCUGAAGACAGCGACUAGGAAGUGUAAGGAGUGCAUGCCCAGAGCGCCAGUGCGCUCACCCCCCGCGGCCUAUGCUCCGCAGUCGAUCCACGUAACUGCGUGCGCGACCUCCGCAUCCUACUCAAGUGGCAGCGAUGGCCACCAUGGUGAACAUGAAUAGCCUUCUGAAUGGCAAAGACUCACGCUGGCUGCAGCUCGAGGUGUGUCGCGAAUUCCAACGGAAUAAGUGCUCGCGGCCAGACACCGAGUGCAAGUUCGCACAUCCCCCAGCGACCGUCGAGGUGCAAAAUGGACGGGUCACCGCCUGUUACGACAGUAUCAAGGGUCGGUGUAACCGAGAGAAGCCGCCUUGCAAGUACUUCCAUCCGCCCCAGCAUCUGAAGGACCAGCUGCUUAUCAACGGUCGAAACCACUUAGCUUUGAAGAACGCGCUAAUGCAGCAGAUGGGGCUAACGCCGGGACAAGUGCUGCCCGGUCAGGUUCCCACCGUGGUGGGCGGCGUGAGCGGCACCGGUGCGGCCGCGAGCCACAUCGCCGCGUUGGACCCGAUCAGUCUCGCCCUGCUCGCCCCGCAGGCGACAUCCCCGUACCUGUCGGGCGUGCCGGGCUCGACGUACGCGCAGUACUACGCGCCGCAGCUCAUGCCUGCGGUGCUGGGCCACGACCCGAACGCCGCCGCUGCCUCGCCGCUAGGCGUCAUGCAGCAGCCUGUGCUUCAGCAAAAGCUGCCACGCACCGACCGUCUUGAGACGGCCGCAGCAGCGCAGCAGCCGGCAGCGAGCGCGACUUCGGAGCCGGGCAAGAAACGGCCGGCGCCCGCCGAGCUCGAGCCGCCACCGAUGGACAUGAAGAGCGUCGGAUCCUUCUAUUAUGAUAAUUUCGCCUUUCCCGGUGUGGUGCCGUACAAACGACCCGCCGCCGACAAAGCGGGCGUCCCCGUGUACCAGCCGGCGACGACCUACCAGCAACUGAUGCAGCUGCAGCAGCCGUUCGUGCCCGUGUCAUGCUGUGCGCCGACCAACGCGCCCUUUGUGGUUUACACCGACGAGCGCGGACAGUUACUGGACACCCUCCCGGUGUGCCAAGAUUUUAAUCGACAAGGAUGUACAAGACCUACCUGCAGAUUUGUUCAUAUUCGUGAAGGGUGCGGGCUGCAGGUGGUGGGGUGCCGCGUGGUGGUGUGUCGCGACGCCGCCGCGGGCGCGUGCCGCCGCGCCGCCUGCCGCUACUACCACAUCCCCGUGCAGCUGCCGCCGGCCCUGCGACCCCCCUAACCGCCCCGUCCUCCCCCUCCCCCUACACUCUCACCCUCACCUCGUCCUUCACCCAUCCCGAGUCCGGUCCCAGGUCCCGGCCCGCAUCGCCGCGGCAUCCAUAUCGAUCGCGCCUCUGGCACACUCGGGUUCGGCAGGUUCGGCCGGAUCGCACUGUCGCUCCCGCGGCUGAGGUGGUGAUAUCUUAGUAAAUAUCGGUUAGUGUAGAGCGGCCGGAGCGAGUCGCGCCGUCCGCCGACCUCGUCCCCCCUGCCGCCGGGGCGGCCCGCGACUCGCUCCCGCCGGGAAUGUUCGUUAAGUCUUCGGGAAAGAGUGUGUACAUAAUUGUAGCGGGAUAUGAUUCUCAGGCACGGUCAUGCGAUUGUGAUAUGAAUAGAUUUCGAGGCGCCGGAGCCGUUUGAGUAAUUUUAUCGAGAUCGUACCGAGAUCGUAAAAUAGUAGGUAGUUAGUGAGGUUUCAAAUGAUUUAUUACUAUUGUAUAUUUUUUUUAAGAUACGAUAUGAGUUCCUGUAAAAAUCGGUGCGUCUGCCGUUUGGCGUCGUACAAACUUGUUGUAUAUAAGCGAUGUAAUGUUGAGACGGGCGGCGCGGCGGCGCCGAUGCGGCGGGUGUCGCACGUGUCGCGUGUCGCGCUCGCGGCACGAGCGCCGCCGUGCCGCCCGCAGCUUCUGGCGAGACGGCCCAGGCCGGCGUCAAAAGUUGCCUCACCACACUCCUAAUGUGAGCAUUUUUGUGAGAAUUAUGUUAAUUUUUUAUGAAUUAUAAAAUUUUGUUUUACUAGGUGACAAGUUUACAGUAGUUUAGAUUAAGUGAACCAGUAAUGAAACACCAAUAGAGUAGCCGCUUCUCUCCUUCGGCACUAAAACUUUUGACGCCGGAGCACAAUUCACGUUCCGUCGGGCGACGCCGCGCGCGCCGCCCGGUUCACACUUAGCAUAGAUCACGACACUCGUAGAGUGAUAGAGGACAGACAUUCGAAAUACAAUGAACGUUAUCGGACAAUAUUAAAAUGAUGAAGGCAUACUUCCAAGCUAUUUAAAUUUUAAGGAUAGAACGUCGGCUUUAUUCCAGAUAGAUUUUGCUAGAUAAUCAUUAUUUUAUUGAUAUCGAUCCUCGUUUAUCGAAGCACAAAAUAGUGACCGGCGAUCGAGUCCGAUUACCUCUCGGGGAAGUACAGCAUUAUGAAAUAGCUAUCGUUUUCGACACAAACAGUAUUAACGUUUUGAUCAAAUUUAUCUCGUCGUAUGUAUGUAGGGGUGAUAUGCGGAUAGAGAGAGGCGGGCGUGCGCGCUAGCGCGGCCCCGGCGGCGGCGCGAGCCACUGAGCGUGGCACGCCGCACGGCAGAUGUCACACGGCACACGCCGCACGGCACACGCCGCAUGGCACACGCCGCACGGCACACACCACUCGGCCUCGAAGCCGCCGCCGAGUCCCGGCGCGCGCACCCCGGAGGCAUGGAAGCCUAAUGCCUAAUAUUAUUCCUAGUCCAUAUCCUUUUUGUUGAUCAGUCAUGCGAUUAAUAUUAGAAUAAAUAUUAAUAAUUUGAUUUAUUCCUCCCAUUUAGUGGAUAUUUUGAUAAUGAUAUAUUAAUAAUAAAAAAUAUUUAAGAUACAUAAUACAUAUUUGAUUCUAAAUCCUCAUAAAGUGACACUACGUUAGUAAUUUAGUCGGAGGGAUACUUGUGCCGUGAUUAUAUUUUUAGGUAUAUAUUAUGAAAUAAUUCCUAGCGUCGGAAUUAAAGAAGUGAUUAAUGUGUAAGCGUGUUAUGAUAUAUUUAUUGUCGUAUCGUAAGUGGAAUGCCAUAUCGAUAAAAGGUGAAUAUAUCGGAAGCGGAGUCAAACUCAUUAGAACUCGUUGCGUUUGUGUUUAUGUUGGUUGUUAUUAUCGGUCCGUGCUAGUGGCUAGGGUGAACUGUUCACUUUUAUCAAUACGGCACGCAGACUCUUAAAUGUAUAAGUUGUCAUUUUAUUUUUUGUUGAAAUUUAUCGUUUCAUGAAUUAUUUGUUGCCUAUAAUUUUUAUAAUCAAAAUUUUAUGAUCUGACGCAUUUAUUGUAAGACAAUCGAUUACUUUUAUAAUUAAUUAGUGUGAUAAAAUGACUAUGGUAUCAAAUUGCCGUUAUGAAAGAUGAACAUCGAAAGUAUCCUUCCUGUUUAGAAGGGACUCUUCUGGCCCAAGGUUUCUAGUAUUUUAUAUUUUGACUUUUUGUUGUAUUUUUAAUGUUGCGUGUGUCUUACACAUAAUAUAUUUCAUUUUUGUGAUAUUUUUAACUAUAAAGUACUGUUAUUAUAAAUCCAAGUGAAAUAAUGAUGACCUAAUUAAAUAUUCAAGAAUUUAUUUGUAAAUCACAAAAAAAAUUUAAAACUGUAAAUAUAUUGACAAAAAAAUGAACUGCAACAAUAAUUGUUUAUUAUAUCUCUCAUCAAAUACACUGUAAGUUCUUUGAGUACCUUAACUAAUGGUAUCUUAUUAUGUAGUGCAGUCUACUUGAAGGUAAACCGGUCCAGUGAACAAAUAUUGAUAAUAUUGUGAACAUUUUUUAUUCACGAGCAAUCACAGAAAGUACAUGACAUUGUAAUAUUAUUUAUGAAAUUACUAUGUGAUGUGAUCUUCGGAUCAAUUUUGAGUACAGUAUAGAUAAUAAACAACUGAAUAUGUGA